UGGAAAGUCUUAAAAGCAUUCGGAAGUACCUGACCUCCAAUGUGGCUUAUGGGUCCACAGGUAUUCGGGAUGUGCACCUGGAGCUGAAGGACCUGACUCUGUGUGGACGCAAGGGCAAUCUGCACUUUAUACGCUUUCCCACUCAUGACAUGCCUGCUUUUAUUCAGAUGGGCAGAGAUAAAAACUUCUCGAGUCUUCACACUGUCUUUUGUGCCACUGGAGGUGGAGCGUACAAAUUUGAGCAGGAUUUUCUCACAUCUUGGAGGAGGAACUUUUUUUGGUCUCUGCUGUCUUCUCACCGGCUGCAGCACUUUUGAAGAGGCUCUGGAAAUGGCAUCUCGUGGAGAUAGCACCAAAGUGGAUAAACUAGUUCGAGACAUUUAUGGAGGGGACUAUGAGAGGUUUGGACUGCCGGGCUGGGCUGUGGCAUCCAGCUUUGGAAACAUGAUAAGCAAGGAGAAGCGAGAGGCUGUCAGUAAAGAGGACCUCGCCAGAGCAACGUUGAUCACCAUCACCAACAACAUUGGCUCAAUAGCAAGAAUGUGUGCCCUUAAUGAAAACAUUAACCAGGUGGUAUUUGUUGGAAAUUUCUUGAGAAUUAAUACGAUCGCCAUGCGACUUUUGGCAUAUGCUUUGGAUUAUUGGUCCAAGGGGCAGUUGAAAGCACUUUUUUCGGAACACGAGGGUUAUUUUGGAGCCGUUGGAGCACUCCUUGAGCUGUUGAAGAUCCCCUGAUCACCUGGGGAGGGUUCCUGGAACAUUGCACAAUGGGAUCUGUGAACUUUUGUUUUUUAAGAGACUCAAUUUUAUGAUGGUGUACUACCCAAAUCAAAGCAAGGAAGGAUGAGUGUAUUUUUCUAAGUCAUCAAGAUAAAUCCUUAAAAAUUUAGUCGAAACUAGUAACCACUAAGGAAAGAUACAUAUAAAAAAAAGUGGACAUGUCCACGGCAGUGAGGAUUUGCUGUAGUUAAGUUGCUCUUCAGUAUAGCUUUGUUAAGCCUGCCAUGUGUUUUUGAAAUUCCCCGUGUCACUUACUGGGAGCCACUUCAGGGGAGAGCUGUUCAGUGUUCAGCUGGCUGGUUUUGUGUCUUGUUGAACUUGCUAAAUGUAAGGCAAGUACUAUAUGUUGUAAUCUCAUCACAAUGUAGUCAGUAUAGCCUUGGAGAUCAUUAUCUGUGAAUUAACUCUGGUGUUCAUUUAGCCUCUGUGUGAACAUACUGAAAAACAUGUUUUAUUUAAGGUUCUGCAAA